CUUUUAAAACCUAACUAACUCCAGUUUUCGUUGUAGCUUACACACAUUUCAAUCAAUCUCCAUUAUCGAAACGAAAUAUAUUUAGCAGUUUCCAGUCAGCUGUCACAAAACCGAAAGGGGGUAAAUUUUUAUCAAUUUACAAACCCCAGUUUUCCUAUACGCGAUAAAUGUCAAUUCGUGUACAGCCUGCAACCUGUCUCAACGAGAGUCUUAUAUGAUUGGUGCUUGCUGUGCAAGUAUUGCUGCAACACUACUAGGAUUUUACCAUGGUAUUGGAGUAGCGGUAAGUGGUUUUACUACAGUAUGUUGCUGUGCAAAGUCACAAGGUUGUUUUAGUAAGCUCAUUUUUAAGUGGUUGCUUACUGGACCGAGUCGAAAGAGUCCACCUGCAAGAUUGUGAUAUGCUUAAUUAGAUAUGCUUUACUAAGCACCCACUAUAAAAAAAAAUGUUUGGUCAAAAAAGGAGCCGUUGGGUUACAGGGAUAGUUCACCCAAAAAUGAAAAUGUUUUCAUAAUUUAACCUGUAUUAAUAAAAAAAUUUCUGAUGAACAAAAAAGAAGAUAUUUUGAUAAAUGAUAAGCAGCUGAUUGUAAACAUUGAUUUCCAUAGUAGGAAAAACAAAUACGAUGGAAUUCAAUGGGUACCAUCAACUGUGUGCUUACCAUCAUUUAUCACAAUACUUCCAUAAUAUUUGUUUUCCUACUAUGGAAGUCAAUGGUUAAAGCGGUUUGCUUACCAUCAUUUAACAAAAUAUCUUCUUUUGUGUGACAGAAUUUUAAUUUUUGGGUGACUAUGUCUUUAAAUUAACCCUGAAAAUACUUAUAAUUGACCCAAAAAUGGGUUAGAACAGCCCAGCAUUGAAUAACUUAAAACCCAAAGUUUUGGGUUGGUCGCUAAAAAAACCUGACUGUCAAUUUGAAAAAUUCAAAGCCAAUGUACGUGCAUACUAAAUGAACAUCAUCUAUUUCCCAUUAACAAAAAAUCUGACAUGCAUACCCAAACACAUGCACUACAUUUAUGCCAAUGUCUUCCACCUUCCCCCAUGAUGAGCAAACACAUGACCUACAAGGGCGAUCACCUUCCAGACCAAUCAACACACCCGAAAUUAGCCUUCCAACCAAUCAGCUUAACCCCAGAGCCCUUAGGACUGUGUUUUACUGUGAUCUCCAUGCCCCAUUAUUUGAAUAUAUUUGCAUAUAUUGAAGAGCCCUCCAUGCACAUCGACCAUUUACCAGCAUGCAGAGGGUACAAGUUAUAUCUUUUUACCAAAUAAUUUCACGUGUAGAGCAAAUAAGUAGGAAAACAUAAACAGGACUAGAUACAUUUGCAUGACACAUUAUCUGUAUAUGAAGAAUUACACCCUAAAAUUCUUCUCAUCCUGUUUUUACUUGUUUUCAUUUGACAAAUGGCUUUAAUUUUUUUCUAAUUUUGCAAAUAAAUUUUAAACAGCAUAAAAAAACAACAUUUUUAUAACAUUUUCACAAUUAAACUUUCCCAACAUGCAUUUCAAGCGAGGCGCCAUGAAAUCCCACUGAGGAAUUAAAGCCCUUUGUGUUGCCAUGGUGCUGGUGGAGUGACAGGACAAGAAGCAGAAGGAGGGAUUUAGGAAGAAGGGGGAGGGACGUGGAAGCACACACUGCAUUACGAUUGGCUGUAGUCAUGUCACAUGUGACCUUUGGAAUGCAAAUGCCUAACCCCCCCACUUUCUCUCUCUAUCUGCUGUCUCUCUCUCUCUCUCUCUGGUCUGUGGUAAGCUUACGGCACAAACACAACCCAGAAAUGGUGUAGGAUAGCCGGAAAGCCGGACGAAAUCCAAUCCUAGGAAGGAAAGGCGAAGCCGCAGCGUAAGUUUGCGUCGAGUGUGGAAGCAGGGUGGUCGGAGUUCAAAGGUGAAGCAACGGGGCGGCACGAUGGAGGGUGAGCACAGCACGCCCUCCUCCAGCGCCAGCAGCAGCAGCACAGGAACCAGUACCUCCACUAUAAACUCAACGGGCACAACCAGUGGCUCUACAGCCAGCUCCACCAUCACCAGUUCGAGCAGUGGAAGACAAGCCAUUCCCCAGAUAUCCGUAUACAGUGGUAUUCCCGACCGACAAACUGUGCAGGUGAUCCAGCAAGCCUUGCAGCGGCAGCCCAACACAGCAGCACAGUACCUGCAGCAGAUGUAUGCAGCUCAACAGCAGCACCUGAUGCUACAGACAGCAGCGUUACAGCAUCAACACCUCAGUCCAGCGCAGCUGCAGAGUCUGGCAGCAGUGCAGCAGGCCAGUUUAGCGGCUGGUAGACAGAGUUCAAACCAGAAUGGGACCUCUUCUAGUCAAAGCGGGCCAUCGCAGACCACAAUUAAUUUAACCACUUCCCCUGCCGCUGCUCAGUUGAUCAGCCGCGCGCAAAGUGUAAACUCCGCCCCCUCCGGGAUCUCCCAGCAGGCCGUGCUGCUUGGCAAUGCAUCCAGUUCCACCCUGACAGCCAGCCAAGCCCAAAUGUACCUGCGGGCACAGAUGGCUCAGCAAAGCAACCUUGUGCACGUGGCCAGGAGUUUGGGACGAGCCGUUCCUCUCUCUUCUCAGCUGAUCAUCGCACCAACAGCAACAGUAACCGCUCUGCAGUCUGACACUAAUGCAACCAAUAGCACACAGUCUGCAUCUGCACAGGUACAAAAUCUCACCUUGCGCAGCCAGCAGGGGGCACCUUCCACCUCUCAGUCUUCAGGCCUUCAGGCUCUGAGUUUGAAGCAGACCUCGGUCUCCAUUCAGCCCACCCCACUCAUCAAGACCCCCAGCCAGGCUGCACCCACCUCGGGCACCGGAGCCGGGAAGAGCCACCCGAACUCCGCUUCAUCGGAUGACAGGAAGAACGGAGAGACCGAAACGCAAACGGAGAUGAAAGCUGUGAACAUGAGUCGUAGUGUCUCCUCUUCACAUCCCCUAAUCGCACCAGCGUACGCUCAGAUCCAGCCACAGGCCUUGAUUAAGCAGCAGCCUCAACAGUUUGUCAUUCAUCCCCAAGCCCCGCCCACCUCCAGAACUCAGCCCCAAUUACUGCAGACCGCCUCCAUCCAACCUCACCAACAGACAGCCUCAUUGGGCAUCCAGAACUCCACCCAGACCUCCACCGUAACAGGGAUCAUUCCGGUUUUGCCCAAACCGGCACUUUACAACCAGGGAUCGGCACAAAGUCAACAAGCUACUAUCUUCCAUUCAACCAUCAGCCAUCAUCCAAUUAACCAGCAUGGCUCACACACGGGCCUGGCCCACGCUAAAGCACAACCGGUCCAGCUGACAGCCAUCAAUCUUCAAAUCCAACCUGCACAAAGCCAGGCUUCAAGACUUGCUCAGGAUGAUAAAGAUAAACCCACCUCUUUGGUAUUAAGGGAGAUUUGUCCACCGGUACAAGUACAUCCAUCUACAACGUCCCAGGGCACCGACCCCCCUGAACAAUCCAAAGCUGAAACCGCUAACGCUACAUCUCAAACACAAGGCUCCGUGGAGACCGCGCUCGAGCCCACAGGAGCACCGGGGACGUCGACCAUGACCUCGGGAGCCUCGGAGCCGCCGUCAGCUGGGAUGGGAAGCACGGCUCUCAACGGCGAGAACAAGCCGCCUCAGGCCAUAGUGAAGCCGCACGUCCUGACACAUGUCAUCGAGGGCUUCGUUAUUCAGGAAGGUGCUGAGCCAUUCCCUAUGGAGAGGCCUCCGGUGCGGGCAGACAGCCCCAAGAAACCAGACACGCAGCUUCCCUCAGAUCCGGAGAAAACGGGCAGCAGUAAUUCCUUCAGUGCCACAAACUCAGACAUGGAUGAGGCCGGACCACAAGACACAAUGGCUCAGGAGGAGCAGGAGGAGCCAAAAUUUACCUGUGAACUCUGUGGAUGGGUGGACUUUGCCUACAAAUUUAAGGGUUCAAAACGGUUCUGUUCUAUGGUCUGCGCUAAAAGGUACAAUGUUGGUUGCACAAAGCGGAUGGGUCUGUUCCACCCAGACAGAACUAAAACAGCCAAUCGGUGGAGAAGGAGGUCUCACAGUCGUAGAGGCAGAGAAGCCAAGAAGCAGAGGCUCUCCGUAUCUCAGCAGUCUCAGGGAGAAUCCGUAUCCUCACCACUUCAAUCUCAGCCCAGCCAGGGAGAAUCCAGUCCCUGUUCAGAUAUCUCCAGCUAUGAGGAGGCAGCUUCCCCACUUUCGGCUGCGAGUUCUGGUCCAAUCGAGUCUCAAGGUAGAGUCGCUGCUAAUGAUCCUGAAGAGCUUCCUCUCCUCAGUCAACACUUCCUACCGUGUGACCCCACCAAAUGGAACGUGCAGGAAGUGUUCGAAUUUAUUCGCUCUUUGCCUGGUUGCCAGGAGAUUGCCGAUGAGUUUCGAGCUCAGGAGAUUGACGGACAGGCCAUGCUGCUACUAAAGGAAGACCAUCUAAUGAGUGCCAUGAAUAUUAAAUUGGGACCCGCCCUCAAGAUCUUCGCCCGCAUAAACAUGCUAAAAGACUCUUAGCCGUGCAAGGCGGUACACCCCAAACUGCACUACAACAGAUUUCAAAUACUAAAAUACACACGCCUCUUGGCUUUAUAUAUUUCGGGACUAAUGUCUAAACAUGCACUUCCUCAUUCAUGACAAGAACUGAAGUGAAUUCAGCCCGAACAAAAAAUGACUCGUCUACCUAUGAAGAAUCGCACAAAUGAUUUAUACCAAAUGGAAGGAUCGUGAAUUGAUUUAAUUGUCGAUCAGAGAUUUGGAAUGAUGACUGGGGCUCACAGGUGGCUUGGCUUAACUACCUGGUGCUCAGAAAUAUUUGGAAAAUAUAGGCAAAACAAAGCCGAAGCUCCAUGAUGUGGCUCCAUAACUCCUGAAAGAUAUAUUUGGACUGUACAUUUUUGUUGUUGUCACAGAUGCUUUUGUACAAAUAUGUUUAAGUAAAUUAUUCUUACCUUUGUAUUUGUUACAGGGGUUGAAUCACAGCAGACCGGUGCUAUUUAACUCAGUCACAUUUGUUUUCAGAAGACUUGAAAUACAGAAGCAAAGGAACAGAAUUUUGAACCUUAAAAAAAAGAUACAACCUGUAGCCUUAUGUUGUGUGUCAAUAUAGACAUGCUACACCUGGUUCUGAGAUGCACAUGAAAUCGUAUUUAACUUGAAUAUUGGGAAUGAUGAUGUUUAUGGUUUUAAAUGUGCUCAGAUUUGUCAUUGUAUGUUGAUAGGAUUGUGAUGUGAUUUUUGUUUAGUACAAUGCUUUGUGAAAUGCCUGUAUUUAUCAGAUGAAUCAAAUUUGUAAUAUAACAUUUUUUUACUGAAGGAUUCAUGUGUCCAUUCGUGUUUUAAUAGUUUGAGAUUGCAUAUUCUUCAUUUCUGUUAUUUGUCUUUCAACUUCUCCAUUUAUUUCAUUGCAUAGAUAUAAAACCAAACCAAGUUGAAUCAUGCAUUUCAUCAAAACAUACAUUAGUUUUCUAAUCUGCUUUUACAGUAACUUUUCACCUGAUCCCAUGGUCAUGUUUGUG